AUGGUAACAGGGCCGUCCAUUCUGUUAGUACAUCGAGUUGAAGCUACAUCACUUGAAACUGAGAGGUCGAACAGGAGACCUAAGUCUUUGAGAACCCGGACUUUAAAAUCGCUGCUCAGAUUACAGUCGAGGUUCGAUGCAUAUACAAAAGAUUAGCGACGAGGUCGCAGAGCGCCUCAAGAUCGAGCAAUCACAGCCUCAGUCUGAAACAUCAACAUCAAUACCUGCCGCGACAUCGAUAGAAGAGUCGCAAGAUGGUAGUGCAUCCGCGCCGUUAACAACGGCCAUGUUCCCCGAGCUCUCGCCAGGUCGCGCCAUGACGGGGAAAAAGACCGUCGACGAGGUAGUCGCGGAGCUUAAGAAAAGCCCCUUCUUCAUGACAGAGCUAGAAGAAAAUGAUGAGACAGAAGCCCUCAAGGCCCUAGCAUAUGAGGGUACACCGUUAGAGAACGCGUCAGAGUUCAAGGAACAAGGGAACGAGUGUUUCAAGGCGAAGCGCUGGGCAGAUGCAAAGGAGUUCUACACCAAGGGAGUAUUGAUACUCGCCGCGGAGGAGCGCAAACGGAAACAGGCGGCGGAGAAUCCAGCGUCGCGGGUGUCUUCGAAAGAAAUGUCUAAGGAAAAGGGUGAGGAAACCAGUGAUGAAAAAGAGAAUAAAGAAACAAGUGAGGAAGAAAUCCAGAAAGAAAGGGCAACCCUUGAGUCUCUGUACGUCAACCGCGCAGCGUGUCACCUCGAGCUCAAGAAUUACCGCUCGUGCUGGCUCGAUGCGUCCGCCGCGCUACGCCUGAACCCAAACAACAUCAAAGCGUAUUAUCGGGGGGCACGGGCCUUCCUAGCCGUCGGACGCAUCGCCGAAGCAGAUGACGCAUGCGCCCGGGGGUUAACGCUCGACCCGUCGAAUAACCCCUUGAAAGCCGUCGCCCGCGACAUCGUCAAGAAAGCAGAGGAGACGGGUGUGCAGGCGCGCCGCGAGGCCGAGAGGGUGGCUAAGCAGAAAAGACGAGAGAUGCUCAUUAAGGCAGCGCUGAAGGCACGCGAGAUCCGUACGCGCACCACGGCGCAACCCCCUGAGAUGGAGGACGCGGGAAUCAAACUCGUGCCGGACCCGGACGACCCCGCGAGUCAUCUUGCUUUCCCGACUGUGCUGCUGUAUCCGGUACACCUAGAGUCGGAUUUCAUCAAGGCGUUCAACGAGACGGAUUCUCUGGCCGAUCAUCUCGGUUACGUAUUCCCGCUCCCGUGGGAUCGCGAAGGUGUGUACACGCUUGCCGGCGUCGAGUGUUACAUGGAGACCGUUACGGGAGGCAUGAUUAAGCUGGGUAAGAAGGUCCCGCUGUUGAAGGCGUUGGCUGGGGGCAAGGUCGAGGUCGUGGAUGAGGUUGUUCGGAUAUUUGUUUUGCCUAAGGCACAAGCUGCCACGUGGAUUGAGGAUUUCAAGCGGAAGAGGGCUGCGGAAAAGGGCUCGUGAUAUCGUAGACUUUGAUAAUUGAAUUGGUCUCAGCUCAGCCUACGAAAUUGACGCUGUCUAAACACAAGCAUAGCUACCCCAGUCUAUAUUUGUUGUACAAGGUGAUCCCGAAGUCCUAUAGCCACGGUUAGCUAAUUCAUCGCACUGCAUCACCUUACUGUAUAUUUCCAGUUACUUUGUUCUCAGCUCCUAUUACCACUGUCUUGUGCCCUAGUUCGUAGAUAUAAUUAAUGGAAGCGGAUUCUGAGACCCUUGCUAUCGCUUGGAGGAAUUCCCGCAC